AUGAAAAUCGAGGACAGAGUAAUCCCAGCGAGGUUUCUUGUGACCCUCGGCCACCUGGUCGGAGUGAUCCUGAUCAGCAAGACGAAGUCAGACAACGUGUACGCCGGGUUGUCGUCCGACCCUACCGCCGCAGAGGUUGCCACGGCUAACGGCCACGUCAAUGCUGCGCUAGCGUUGGCGAUGGUUUGCUUUGGGUUGGACUUCAUGUCCCUUUUCUUCGGCCUGUCCAUAUUCAUGAUGAAGCGUCAACACGACCGCUACCAAGUAACACCGGCGGUGUCCAGGGCGCGUGCGCGACAGGCGGUGGCAGGUGGAGCAGCUCGAGGAUUGCCGGGUGCACUUGCGCUUCUUUCGAUGGAGGAGGAUAUCGCCGCUUCGCUGGCCGUUCACCCUUUGCAGCGUGUUGUAGGAACGCAUGGUGAAUGGAAAAAUGAAAAAUGA